AUGGUGAUCCGCUGCACGUCGUCGACGGAGCUCGAGAUGGCCUUGCCGAGCAUGGACGAGCUCAACCCGUAUGGUCUCUCGUGGUGUGGCGACCUCGACGACAACAACAACAACAACAACAAUGCGGACGCGGGCGGCGAGAGCGUCCGGUUCCGCGAGGCGCUCUCCAACGUGCUGCAGGACAUGCACCUCGACGUGUCGCCGGAUGAGCUCGAGGCGCGCGCGACAACGCCCGAGUACAAGCUCGAGCAAGGCGACUGGGCGGCGCAUGACGUCGCCGACGCCUUCCUCAAGACCGUCGCCCGGCUUCCACAAGAGCUUCUCGACGACGACGACGACGACGACGAGCGUCCGACGAUGCCUCCGAGCGACGCGCCCAGCACGCUCGGAUGGCUCAAGAAGCGUGGCGAAGGCAACACGUCCAUGAAGAAGCGCUGGAUGCAGCUGGAGGGCAACGUCAUUGCGUACUACAAGCGCGAAGUCGACAACGCCAAGUACUCGCGGCCCGAGCGCGCCAAGCUGCAAAAAGGCAUGAUCGAGCUCGACAAGAUUUCGUGCUUCCAGCCCUGCAGCGAGCGCGACCUCUGGUGGGCGUUCGAGCUCGUGACGACGAACCGAACGUGGGUGCUGCAAGCCGAGUCCGAGGCCGAGUACAUGAAGUGGGUCAACGCGCUCAGCCACACGGUGAGCUUCCAGGUCGUCAACAUCGUCUACCGCCGCAUGCUCUGCCUCCAAGAAGUCCGCGCCACCGCCAAGACCGACGUCCGGCUCAAUCUGCCCCAAGCGUUCACGGUCGAGAUGGCCAUUGCACACAUCUUCCACAGCUACGAAGCGACGGUCGAUGCGUCGGCGCUCCGGCCCUACAACCCCUCCGACUACGUGCUCAAGCUCACGGGCUUCAAAGACUACCUCAUCGACCCGAAGCGCCGCGUCGCCGACUACACGUCCGUGCGCGAGUGCCUCGUGACCAAGAAGAUGCUGCGGCUCUCGGUCGUGCCCAAGGCGUCCUUGACGCUGACGCCGAGCCACAAGCGCGUGCUGAGCAACAUCAAGUCGUCCGGUCGACUCUCGUCGAUGCUCGCAACCUCGAUGGCUGCGUUCGAGGCGCCCGACGUACACCACACGACCAACAACGCGGUCGAGAAGAUCGAGGACGACGCGAUCCCAGAGACGACGACGAGCGGCCCGUCGCUGCUCGCGCCGAGUUCGAACCUCAAGGAACCGCUUCGUUUCUGCAUCCAUCGCGCCAUCAACUGCCCGGGCUAUACGUCGUCGCUCAAGCGCACGUCGCAUGACAUGAGCAUCGAGAAGCAACCGCUUCUGUAUGCAGAUGUCCUCUUCCGCGUCGAGCUCUUUGACGGCGGCCAGCGCCUCGAAGACGCGAUCGAGUCUAUUGACACCAAGCUCCAGCUCCAGACCGCCUCGACACCCGCGAGCAGUGGCGUCGCGUGGACCGUCAACGACUACGUCGCGCGCUGGCACGAACCCAAGUGGUACCGCACCAAGAUGAAGAUCAAGGAUUUGCCGCGGACCGCGCGGCUCGUGUUGACGCUCUACGGCGUCAAGAAGGACGCGAAUGGGAAGCCCAGCGCCAACGUCGACGAGCGCGAGCGCAUCUGCAGCACCGCCAUCAACGUCUUUGACGUCGACGGCCUCCUCGUGCAAGGCGACGUCUACAACCAGCUCCUCUCGAGCGUGUACACGCUCCGCGUCGGCCCGGUCCCGCACAUCAUUGACACGACCAAGCCGUACCUCCACGUGACGAUGGCGCAAUUCCCCACAGACGUCCAGUACCGGCUCCAAGACGACGACAGCAACAACGUCGACAACCAAGACGAAGGGGUCAAUGAAGACGACGGCGAAGGCACGCGUAACCUCGUCAUCGAAAAGAAGGGCUGGCUCAAGAAGCUCGGGCAGCAAGGCUCGCUGAGCAAGUGGCGCAAGCGCUGGUUCAGCCUCUCGUCGUCGACAGGCGUCCUCAGCUACAGCGACUCGGCCCAAAGCAGUAGCGCGCCCAAGCUCAUUCCGCUCAAGCAGGCGACGGUGCUCAUCUGUGACGCACUCAAAGAAACGUACACGACGUUUGCGGUCAACAAGGGCACCCGCCGCGAGCAGCGCACGUGGGGCUUCAAGCUCAAGCCGUUCGAGUCGAGUCGGGUCUUCCUCAUCGCCGCCGACUCCAAGCAAGACCGCGACGAGUGGAUGGCGGCGAUCCGCGCCGUCGCGUUCGAAGCGUCCGACAACCAAAACGAGUUUCGCGAGCUCGACGACUCGGCGCUCAGCAGCCAGCGCAGCACGAUCACGGCGUCGUCCGUCUCGAUGGACGAUCUCAAGCGGCUCGACACGGCGUCGAUCUUCGAGUCGCCGUCGUCCUCGUCGUCGUCGUCGAUCGCCGCGGUCCUCGAUGAAAUCAAAGUGCUCAUCGAGACCGACCCGCUCGUGCGCCUCAACAAGCUGCAAAAGACCGUCCUCUGGGCCCACCGACACCUCUUUACGCACUCGUUCCGAGCGUUGCCCCGAAUCCUCUCGUGUGUGCAGUGGACCAACGCCGCGGACGUCGAGGAAGCCCGCGCGCUCAUGGGCUCGUGGGCCGCGCCGCUGCAUCCGGCCGAGUACCUCGAGCUCCUCGACGUCGAGUUCUCGUCCGACCACGUGCGCAAGUUUGCCGUCGACAAGCUCGCCACGAUGGCCGACACGACGUUUAGCUACUUCAUCCCGCAGCUGGUCCAAGCGCUCAAGUACGAGAGCUACCACGCGUCGCCGUUGGCGCUGCACUUGAUUGAGCGCGGGCUGCGCAACCCGAACCAGAUUGGGUUUGACCUUUUCUGGGCGCUCAAGGUCGAAGCCGAGAACGACCGGUUCCGCGAACGCUUUGGCACGCUCUUGAAUUCGUUCAUUGAUGUCUCGUCGGCCAAGAUGCGCGACGUGCUCUUUGUGCAGAGCACGCUCUUCUCGCCGUCCGGGGCGCUCGAAGCCAUCUGCCAGUACGUCAAGCAGCUCAAGGCGGCGCGCAAGACCAUGGACGAGAUCCGCGCCGAGGUCCGUAUCAAGCUCACGGCGCUCAACGCGACUCUGCCGGCGUCGUACCAGCUGCCGAUCGACCCGCGUGUCGAAGUCGGCAAGCUCAUCGUUGCCAAGUGCAAGGUCAUGUCGUCGGCCAAACUCCCGCUCUGGCUUGUGUUUGAAAACGCUGAGGCUGGCGGCGACCCCGUCACAGUCAUCUUCAAGUCGGGCGACGACGUGCGCCAGGACAGUCUGACGCUGCAGCUGAUCCGCGUGAUGGACGAGCUCUGGCGCGAGCGCGGCCUGGAUCUGGCCAUGGAGCCGUACAAGUGCGUGGCCACGGGCCCCAUGACCGGUAUCCUCCAAGUCGUGCUCAAUUCGAUCACGACGGCCGACAUCCACAAGCGCAUCGGCACCUUGGGCGCCUUUGACGAGACGAGCUUCACCAACUGGAUCACGGCCAACAACCAAGACAAGAAGAGCCUCAAAAUGGCCGUCGACCUCUUUCGCCGGUCGUGCGCAGGCUACUGCGUCGCGACGUGCGUUCUCGGUAUCGGUGACCGGCACAACGACAACAUUAUGCUCACGCACGCGGGUCGGUACUUUCACAUUGACUUUGGUCACUUUCUCGGCCACGUCAAGUACCAGUUUGGCAUCAAGCGCGAGAAGACGCCGUUCGUCUUUACACCCGAGAUGGCGCACGUGCUUGGCGGCGUCGGCGCAGACGACUAUGCCAAGUUUGUGCAGACGUGUGGCGACGCGUUCAACGUCGUCCGCGAGCACGUGCCGUUCCUUGUGACGCUCUUUCUGCUCAUGAUCCCGGCCGAAAUGCCCGAAUUGCGCAGCCGCGACGACAUCAACUACCUCGUUGAAGUGUGUGUGCCGACGCUCUCGACAUCGGAUGCAGCCAAGAGCUUUGAAGUCGCUAUCGAGUACUGCCUCGGGUCACGCUUUAAGCGCUGGGACAACACACUCCACAUUGUCGCGCACAAGUACUUGUAAGCCUACAUGUAUCUGUUUAUGAACUGCGAGUU